CUCGAGCCGCCGGAGCUCUUGGCGCUCGCCAGGACCAACAGAUACCUGCACGAACACGUAACGAAGGAUAAUACGUGGUACAGGGCCUUCCUCUACCAGUUCCUGGGGAUAUCGCCCGAGGAUGCGCUCGACGAAGCAAGCACGUUGAUGCUGCGACGAUCCGAGAGCUCAUGGAGGAAGGAGUUCAUAACGCGUUAUCGCACCACCAGACGCUGGGCGUACUCCACCACACCGACCAUCGCACACGUGCCGCACUACUCCCCGGUCGCGGGUAUGCACCUCCUGAGCGAGAACGCGUUGCUCUCCGCCUCAAUCCAGUACGGCGUCGUCUCGCGCUCGCUCCCUUUGAAUGGCAAGAUCCUGAAGGGCUUCCUCGACGCCUCUGGCACGCUCAACGGACUCGGGAUCGGCAACCCCAACGCCGAGUUUUCUCCGAACGUCUCCGCCUGCGCGCUCACAUCGGAGGGGAAGACGGCCAAGAUCGCGUGGGGUUACCGCAAUGGCGAGGUCGCCGUCACGACGGCUGCGAAGGCCGUCGACUCGGCUACGAGGGGUCCGGCAUCGCUUGUACGCUGUCAGGUAGAGGACCAGCACGUGCGGCCGGUGAAGGAGAUAAUAUGGGACGGCGCGGCGGUCGUGUCAUCCGACGUACACGGCGUUGUCAAGCUGUGGGAUGCUAAACGCGUCCGCUGCGUGUGGACGUCUCCGGAGCAUACCCCGCUCGUGCCCGACCUUUGCUCGAAGUUGGUGUCGGACGUUGCGAAGGGUGUCAUCGCCGUCGGGUUCAACAGUGGCCGCAUCAUCAUAUAUACCGGUUUUGCCCCCAAUAUUCUGGACCCUGCGAUUUCAUCAAACGCUAGACCGGCCAUCCGGCAGGCGAAGAUUGAUCCUCCUGUAGAUCAGUUGUCCGGCUCUCCUGUCGAUCCCGAAGGACGCCCCAUCUCGUCGAUGUUUAUCGAUCCCCGCGGGGAGACCGAAGUGUCUGUGCUAUAUUCCCGCGAAGACGACCCGAACGUUUAUCGCCUGACCGUCAAGCCCGCGGACGGCUCUGACAAGAGGCUCACCCUCGGUGGUGGCGCAUUUGGCCCCGUCAGGUCGUUCAUACCGUGCUUUGGGACCAAAGCGAGCGAAGCGGACUUUGCCGUCGUCGGGUACGAGCUAGGCACGGUUAGCAUCUACAGCUGGGGUUCUUCACGACGCCCCUCCGCCGAUCUCGUCCAGGCCACCCGGACUUUCGAAGCAUAUGGCGAGGCAGUUACUGCGCUUGCGCGUAACUCCUCUGUCCUGUUGACUGGCUCCGAGCAUGGGGUCGUCAAAGUGUGGGACUUACUCACCUUGGGCGCUCUUAGGGCCUUCCAUUCUCCAUCGGGCAGAGGCGAAAUAUUUGCUGUGAGCCAGAUUAUAUUGGAGAACGAGAUGUUCGUUGCCAGUGUAGGAAGCUGCGUGUUAGCUUGGAAGGCAGGCCCCGUGAGCAGAAGGAAAACAGGCCGGUGGAAUAUAUCUGGAAUGAAGAAGACGAAGUCAGGCGGCGCUAUGGCGAAAUGGCACCAACAAUACGAACUGAAGCGAGAUAUCGCCGAUUCCCGUCGUGCUCUCGCCGAGGAGCAGUCAAAAAAGCGCGCCAUAUACGGCCGCGAGCGCGAGCAACGGAACACGCUCGACCAUCUCGGUCUGAACGAGGUCGAAGCCGUGGAGUACGUGCUUAUGCUCAGCCGCGACGAAGAAGAGCGCCGGCGCGUCGCGCGAGGGGGCUACGAUGAAGGCGUUUUUGAGGGCGAUUUCGACGAAGACGCCGUCACAUCCGAUCGCGACACCCCGAGCCCGAUCUCGCCUUCCGAACGGCGGUUGUCCCAGUCCUCGACAGAGAACAAGUACGCGCGCGCGUCACCCCCUUCGUCCAGCACGAAGGUGCAGGUGUCGCCGCGGUUCCGGCCGGAGCCGAUGGAGGCCGGGUUCAGCGGGAGCCCGUUGCCGUCUUCGCGUUCUUUGCCCGUUGGAGGAGGUGCCGGUGCGGUGUCCAUGUCCCGGCUCCCUUCGAUCGAGGACGGCGGGGAGUUUCCCCCCGUGAUCGCCUCGUCGGUCUCGUCUGCGAGCGGGACGCCGAGCUCUAGCCUGGCAGGUGGGUUUUCCGGACCUGGCAGCCCAGCUGUGGCGCGCUCUGCGGGGCGCUCGGCGUGGAGCAUGGGUUCGCCGUUCCAGCGGCCAGCCUCGGUAGCUGGGAGCCCGGAGUCUAUGAGGGGACUUCCUGCGCGCGCGAUCGACGGGGCAUCGUCGUCUCAAGGAGCGGCGUCGUUCUUGUCCACCACGAAACCUGCUGCGGCCGACGAGGAUGAGGACGAAGAGUUGAAAUUCGUGCUGGAGCUUAGUCUUGCGGAGGCGAGGAGUCGCGGGGAGGUUGUGUGAUCUGCCGCCGUCUUAGAUUUGCAUUGCCAAUAAGUUUCGUGAAAUAUGACUCGUAUGCGGUCUUACUAGAUUCUUCAUGUCAUUAUAUAGUGCUGAACAAUCCCGGGCUAUGCUAGAUCGGUUUU